AUAGAAAUGUCUUGACUAAUUUUGCGUAUAAAGUGAAAUCUUACAUAUUGUAAAAUUCUUAGGAAUUUAUGUUUGCUUUAUUGGCAACACAGUAUUCUCUGUGUGUCAUUAUGUCUAGGCUUGUGUCAGUGAUUAAAUUCUCUUUGGCUUGUGUGUUUUUAGUGAGAUUCAAAGGGCACAAAUGAAUAUAUUUUAUAUAAUUUUUUAGUGAAAAUAAUAACAGUGACAAUAAUGUGUGCCGAACCUUUUAUACCAGUUUCAUAACAUCUUGGAAUCACGGCUUCUACAUUAGUUGCCUAUAUACCCAGCCAUGGAGGUUGGGGCACGUGCCUUGGAUGUGCUGCCCCUUCUACAGGAGAGGGUGGCAGCUCUAACUGGAGGAAGAGAUCGACGUGGAGGUCCCAUUGUUUGGUUCCCUGCAAACUCAAGAAGAGAUCGUGUUGCUCCAGAUGAUUAUAGGCGCCUUAUGCAUUAUUUAAUCAGCAUUCCAAAUGGAUCUGUGAGAACUCAUGGCUUUACUAUUUUGAUUGAUAUGAGAGGUUCUGCAUGGGCUGCAAUAAAGCCAAUAUUAAAAAUUUUACAAGAACACUUUUCUUCAUCCGUCCAUCAGGCACUUGUAGUGAAACCUGACAAUUUUUGGCAGAAACAACGCACAACAAUAGGAUCUCAUAAGUACAAGUUUGAGACAACAAUGAUUAGUCUAGAAGCACUGCCUAAAGUGAUAGAUAGUUCUCAAUUAACACCAGAUUUAGAUGGUACACUACAAUAUGACCAUGCACAAUGGAUAGAUCUUAGAUUGGCAUUGGAAGAUCUAAUGUGGCAAGCUGGUGAAUUACUUGAUCGGCUAGAUGAUUUACAAGAGGAUGUGGCACGUGCUGACUUUGCAGAUGAUGUUACUGGUGCGAGGCGCGCUAUCGACGCUCAUGCUGACAUAAGUAAACGUCUCGCCAAAGUACCCGUUGAUGAACUUGAGGCUCAAGGUGAGCGCGUCCUUCAACGCCUGGAGGCAGCUGAAGCAGUAUGUUCAGAAGCCAGCGGCAGUGGAGGUGAAUCAGCGUUUCACUGUGGUUCACCGAGCGCAGUACGAUCCCAGCUAUCCGCUGUACGCUCCGCUCACGCGCAUGCGCAUAAACUCUGGCAACACAAGAAGAUGCAACUAGACCAAUGCUUUCAAUUGAGACUGUUUGAACAAGACUGUGAAAAGAUGCUGGAAUGGAUUGUUAACCACCGCACGGCCUUUCUCUCUACAUACGUCGAAAUUGGACGCUCUUGUACUGCAGCUAAACGAUUACAAGAAGAGCAUGCCAGGUUUGCUGCAGCAUGUACUGGGGGCGGCAGGCCUAGUGUUGCCAGAGUAACGGCCGCAGCUCGAAGACUAGCUGAUAAGCGACACUAUGCCGAAGCACAGAUAACAUCUCUUGCGCAUCGUCUGGAGCGAGCAUAUAAACAACUGUCAGCCGGUCUUGAAGAGCGUUCGGCAGUACUUUCCUUAUCCGUGGUAUUCCACCAUAAGGCUGAGGCCUAUGCCUCCGCUGUUGGUGGCUGGGGCGCCCAGUGUGCAGUGGCGUUACAAUUGGCUACUGGACAGGGCUCCGCUCCUUGUAACGAUCCAAGAGCGUUGGAACAACAUGCACAGAGGCACAGACAAUUGUAUGAACAUAUGUGUCAGGCGUAUACCGAGGUUCACUCAACGAGUAAGAAGCUGCUGUACCAACUUGACCAUUUAGUUCAAGUUUGUCAUCAGACAGACCCAGCCGAUUUGCAAAAAGACGGCACAGUUAGUUCGGCCGGUAGUAGUGGUGGUGAUCCAGCCGCAGAUUAUAGUUCGGGUGCCAAUCACGUACUAGCUGUGAUACAUCAAAUACUUGGACACCAUCGAGCUUUAGAGGCGAGAUAUCAUCAAGCAAGGCUUAAAUUACAUCAACGACUCGCUUUAUUGCUAUAUAAGGAGGAUUGCAGACAGGUACUCGACUGGUUGACGAAUCAUGGCGAAGUAUUUCUGCAGAAGAAUACUGGAAUAGGACGAAAUCUCCAUAAGGCCAGAGUAUAUCAGAAGUCACACGAACACUUUGAAAAUGUUGCUCAAAACACGUACACGAAUGCUGAGAAACUUCUAUCAGCAGCUGAAGAAUUAGCGCGUUCUGGGGAAUGCGAUCCCGAAGAGGUUCUUGGCGUUGCGCGUGAGUUGGAAGCUCACGUUGCUGCGUUCGCGGCUAGAGUCGAUCGAAGACGAAGACGGCUAGAUCUUGCUGUCUUGCUCUAUACGCAUGAGAAGGAGCUAUUACAAUGGUUGGAAACCCUACGUAGCGGUGGUGGUGUAUGCCCCGCAGAUGAUAGUCCCGAAGCAGCACGACGCGCGUUAGAGCAAUGCGCACAACAUCGCGGAGCAAGUCUCGACGCCUGCGCAGCUACUAUAGCGCAGGGCGAAGCCUUGCUACAGGAUUUGAGAUCAUCGGGAGACUCAGAUACAGCAAGCACGUCCGCAGUGGAGACAACUCUGGAACGUUUACGCGGUACUCGAAGCGCUCUAGAGGAACUUUGGUCGGAUCGGGAGCGGCGUCUUGAACUCACCCUCCAAUUGAGACAUUUUGAGAGGGACGCCCUGGAGGUAUCAUCACGACUUGAACUAUGGGGAGACGAGUUGCAGCGCAGUGAACCUCCACGCGACCCACAGCAGGCUGAACAAGCACUAGCGGCACACAACGAGAGCGUAGCUAGGAUGCAACAUGCUACUUUUCAGGUAGUGCAGCAAGGUCAGGACUUAGCUUCGGCCAUUGCGGAAGCGUCAGACGUAAUGGCGUCCAGUUCCGAUAGCUCUGAGGGUGCACCACUCGACGCCCAGGCGAGAGUACAACUUUUACUGGAAUUCUUGCAUGAUCGACAACUAGACUUGGAAGAGCUGGCUGAGGAACGGCGAGCCAGAUUUGAACAAUGCGUUCAACUUGGUCAAUUUCAAAAGGAUGCGGCACAAGUUGUUAGCUGGAUACGAAAUGGUGAAGCGAUGUUGGCUGCUUCAUUCUCGAUUCCCGGAACUCUUUCUGAAGCAGAACAGUUGAAGCGGGAACACGACCAGUUCCAAGUGGCUGUCGAGAAAACUCACGCUAGUGCUGUUCAAGUGAAGUAUAGAGCUGAUGCCCUGCGAGCUGCCAAUCAUUAUGAUCCACAUACUAUAAGAGAGAUAUCCGAAGAGGUGACAGAGCGUUGGCAGCGCCUUGUUACGUGCGCGGAAGAGCGUCACAAACUAGUCACUGCUUCGUUGAAUUUCUACAAAACGGCUGAACAAGUUUGCUCUGUACUCGAUUCCUUGGAGAGGGAGUAUCGCCGUGAUGAAGACUGGUGUGGUUCAGGCGCUGCUAUUUCCACAAUCACAACUAAUACAGAAGAUACACAGAAUAACCAAACGCAGAACUUGGAUAAGGCUGCUCAGGUGGCAGCAUUAAUAGUAAAGCAUGGCGAGCAAAAAGAGGCGUUCCUCAAAGCAUGUACGCUCGCUCGACGCACUGCCGAGACGUUCCUCAAGUACGCGGCAAGGUCAGCUCAAGUUCACGGACAAACUGCAGCAGCGAGUAAGGCCCACCACGAGCAAACCCGGGCCAUACUCGAUACUCUACUAUGUCAAGAAAAUAAGGUACUGGAACACUGGACAGUUCGCAAAAAGCGUCUAGAACAGUGCCAGCAAUUCGCUUUAUUUGAGCGAUCUGCGCGUGCGGCUGUCGAAUGGAUUCGGGAGACGCAAGAGCGAUGUGGGGCGGCCGCCGCUGCUGCGGCCGCUGGUGUGGCAAGAGAAAGCCGUGAGCGUGUCAGAUUGCUCGCACAAUUGGCCGACGGACUUGUUGAAAAGGGACAUCCGCAUGCCGUUCAGAUCAAGGAGUGGGUGGCUGCUGUUGAUGCCAGAUAUGCCGAGUUCAGUGGUACCAUGGAGGCUGGUGAGGUGGAAGUGGAAAGUGACUCUGGUAUGGCGCCAUCUCUAGCUUCGACACAUUCUGAAAGUGAGGUACGAGGAGAACCACAGCCACCAGCAUCCACUGAUGAGAAGAGACGCAGUGCCAGGCGAAAAGAGUUCAUAAUGGCCGAGUUGCUGCAAACUGAGCGCGCCUACGUUAAAGAUCUCGAGACGUGCAUCACGGGGUAUUUACGUGAAAUGCGGACAGAUCCAGCUUCAGUUCCAGCGCUACUUCAGGGCAAGGAGGAACUCAUAUUCGGUAACAUCGAAGAGAUCCAUCGUUUCCACGAGCGUAUAUUCCUUCGUGAGUUGGACAAGUAUGAGGCGUGGCCUGAGGACGUUGGCCAUUGUUUUGUGACUUGGGCGAGGCAGUUCGAUAUGUAUGUGUCCUAUUGCCGUAACAAGCCGGACAGUAAUGCGGCCGUUGUACAGCACGCAGGAGAUUAUUUUGAAAGGGUUCAAAGAAGAAAAAAGUUGGAGCAUCCCCUCGCAGCGUAUCUAAUCAAGCCGGUACAAAGAAUUACCAAAUACCAGCUACUACUCAAAGAUCUUCAAGCAUGCUGUGCUGAGGGACAAGGAGAAAUAAAAGACGGUUUGGAGGUUAUGCUCUCAGUGCCGAAGAAAGCAAAUGAUGCGAUGCACCUCUCUAAUCUUGAGGGUUGUGACGUGCCGACAGAUAGUCUGGGUGAAGUUGUACUCCAAGAUUCGUUCCAAGUAUGGGAUCUUCGUCAGAUUAUCAAAAAGUGUCGUGAAAGACGAGUCUUCCUCUUCGACCUGCAUCUCCUGCUUGCAAAGGAGGUUAAGGAUACCCAUGGAAAGGCUAAAUAUAUCUACAAGACUAAAUUCAUGACGUCAGAACUGGGCGUAACAGAACACAUUGAAGGUGACGAAUGCAAGUUCUCUGUGUGGACUGGCCGAGAGCCGAUGGCCAGCGAUUGUCGUAUAAUGCUUAAGGCCCCUUCACUUGAGGUCAAGCAGACUUGGGUUAGAAGACUGCGGGAGGUUAUACAAGAAACAUAUUUCAACAAAGCGUUGCCGCCGCGUAGUCCGGCCCGCGUACGACCUACAAGUUCACAGCGUUCCAGCAGGGACUUCGAUGACACGGACACCGAGAAUCUUGACCGCAAUUCACUAGCUUCCUUCGGCAGUGGAAAUACCACCGACUCAGAUAAGGCCGGUCCGGAGAUGACAUGGGUUGUCGCAGACCACAUAUCUGGAGGUGCCGGCGAGCUGACAGUCUCGAAAGGCCAGCAGGUAGAAGUGCUAGAGGCAUGGCAGGCAAGACUAGAAUGGUGGGUCGUGAGGAUUCAUGGCGACCCUCCACAAGAGGGCGCUGUGCCAGCCCAAGUUCUGAAGCCGCAACCACAUCAAAAAACAUCACCUUCGAGACAACCUUUGGGUACUGGAGAUGAAGCCAACGAUGCCUCGACUUCAGACCCGGGAGGCAGUGUGAGUGCAGCAAGCCCCGGGAAAAAUAGGAGGGGAAUAUUGCAGAGGAAAUGGAUGAAGCCGAACAAGUCGCAAGGAAAAGCUGAAAAGGCAUUAGCGGGAGUUAAGUCCCCCGCAGAGAAACCUGCUCUCAAAAAGGUUCCAUCUGAAAAGAAAAUAAAGAUGCCGCUAAGUGACAAUCGUCGCGUUGAUGAUCUUGGUGAAAAUAGCGUCAAUUCCGCGCUUGAUGAAGCUGAGGAUGACGUGCCAGACGUCGAACUGCCGCCUCCGAUGAAGCCGCUACAGCAGAACCCGCCAGCAGUUCUUCAACAGACCCCAACGCCGACAGCUGCUUCGGUACCCAACACUCGCAACUCGUUGGCUAUGGAUGCACUGGAACCUAACGGUGGUCACGCUGAUAUCGCCGAGAUUGAGCAAAUUGUCAAGGAAAAAAUGGAGCAGCAUGGUGGUACGGCCAGCACAUCAGGGCGUAGUGGAGAUGGUGAAGACGACGAUAGUUCAACACCUGUUGCUGAGAGCAGGGAUGCAAUUCUCAAAAAGCGUGAAUAUGUACUCAGGGAACUCUAUGAGACUGAAGAAGUGUACGUUUCCGACCUACGUCUUGUCUGCGAGGGAUAUAUGAAGCACAUGAUGGACCCCAAUGCUGACCCUCCGAUCCCGGAAAGCCUUCGCGAUCGUCGCCUACGUAUGAUCUUCGGUAACGUCGAGGCUAUUUACGAAUGGCACCGCGAUAAAUUUGUACGCGAGCUGGAGGCCUGUAUCGAGUCGCCAGAGCUGUUGGGGCCGCUUUUCAGACGGUUCCUCGAGAAGAAAAUGUUCCUAUACGAAGCGUAUUGCCGUAACAAGCCAGUCUCCGAGUACAUUGUGUCUGAACACGAACAUUACUUUCAAGAAUUGAGACACAAACUGGGACACAAGCUACAGCUGGGUGAUCUACUGAUCAAGCCGAUCCAACGUAUCCAAAAGUAUCACUUGCUGGUGAAGAAGAUCCUCAAAUACUCGGAGACUGCGAACGAGCCGGCAAUUGUUAUCGAUUCGCUUCUUGACGCCGUGCAAUGCACUUCAAUUAUUCCGAAGAACGCCAAUGACAUGAUGGAUGUCGGACGCCUUCAGGGAUUUACGGGCAACAUAGCGGCGCAGGGCAAACUAUUGUUCCAAGAGGGGCUGAUAGUUUCUGAAGCCACUAAUGAUAAAGGAAAAGAGUUGCAUGUGUUUCUAUUUGAACAGUGCAUGAUCUUUACUGAACCCGUCGGCAAGCGGACACAGUUUACAAGCCCCACUUACCAUUACAAGGCGCAAGUGCAGGUGAACAAAAUGCGUUUGGAGCACGAAGAUGGCGCCAAUUUGUUCAUUGUGAAGUCCAAUUCGAACAAGCCCCGCUCUUUCUACUGCCGUGCUCCUGACGGGCGCCUUCAACACUGGAUUAAGACACUUUCCAGUAUCCUUGAGUCGCAACUCAAUUUUGGAAUGAGACUUGAAAACCCUAGCGCGUUCAUGAACGAUGAACCGCCACGUGAACCUUCCGCUGAUUGUUGGUGGGCGCUUCGAAAGGCUGAGAGCGUGUCGCCAUCUUUGGGUGACAGACAAGAAUUAAUUCCAAGGACGCAACGUCCGCACGCUAAAGCGAACACUAUUAAUCUUCCAACGAGCGCAAGAGACGAUCACAAGAAAGCCAGUUCUGCCGUGAGCCCAACUUCACCGCCUCACGCCAAUGGUCUAUCAAAGCGGGCUUGGGGCCUGAAGCUUCGUCGAGGCGGAAGUGGCGCUGGCGAACCGAGUGACGGGCUGGUCACUGAGUUACGACCGCCUGAGCUGAUCGAGCCAGCUACAGACGUGACGGUCGCGCCAGGGGCCUCUGCAGUUCUUUCUUGCCGGGCUAACGCCACACGUGCCACAGCUUCGUGGCGAAAAACUGCACCUGAAACACGUGCGUUACGACACGGCGGUCGUUUCGCUAUAAGCCUUGCAGCGGACGGACUGGCGUCUUUAGUCAUACACGCUUGCCGCGCGUCUGAUGCUGGUGUUUACUGUUGCCUUGUGGGUAACGAGCUGGGUGGUGUGCAGACAUCUGCACGGUUGACUGUUGGCUCCGGUGGCACACCCGGUAUUCCUGCUGUGCGAGCACACCCCGGGGGUGGACUUGUAGUGCAUUGGGAUGAACCUGAAGCCGCCCAUCUCGAAUAUUGUCGUUUUGGCGAAGGCGAGUGGCGACGAGCGACAGAAACACCUGCUGCUGCAAAUACUUUGGCUUUAGAAGAACUUCCCGCGGGCCAAUAUAGCUUUCGCCUUAUCUGUGCUCGUAGUAGUGCAGCAGGCGCGGCGUCUGACCCAGCAACGUGUGGUGGCGGUGGAGGUUGGCAAAGAGAACAAUUUUCAAGAAGAUACUCUAUUGAAGAAGAGAUUGGUCGAGGUCGUACAGCUCGCGUGUUGGCUGCCCGGGAUACUGGGACUGGACAGCGAGUUGCUUUAAAACAGGUUGUAGCAGGCAGGGGUGCAGAUGCGAUGCGAGAAUACCGUAUUCUAUCGGGUGGAGCUCACAAUGCAGUCGUGCGGGCACUGGCUCUAUUCGCGGAAGUACCAAGAGCCGGUGCACACACUCUAGUACUGGAGCUAGUAGCUGGCGGCGCGUUACUUGACUACGCUGCUGCUAACCCGCUCGCGUAUACACAACGCGCAGUCGCAAUGCACUCUAGACAAUUGCUAUCUGCCCUCGAUUGGCUUCAUUCCAAUAAUGUUGCACAUCUUGAUGUCCGGCCUGAGAACAUCCUUGUGGAACUCAGCGGUAGUCAACCUCAGCUCAAAUUGGUGGACUUCGGAUCGGCUAUAGAAAUAAACACGGAAACAGAAGGGUGUCGUGGCACUGUAUUACCGCCUGCGCCCGCCCAACUUGAGUUUGCGCCCCCCGAGUGCGUCCUUGGCCGUCCGCCCGCCCCCGCAUGGGACGCUUGGGCGGCUGGGGUCUUUUUAUAUGUGUUCCUAACUGGGCUGUCACCAUUCCUGGACGAGUCUAUAGAGGAGACAACAGCAAAUAUAAUUAAAUGCGAUUAUUGUUUUCCGCCGGAACAUUGGUCGGGGAUAGAGGAACGCGCACAAACACUUAUUAGAUCUCUUCUAGACUCGACACCAAGUCGUCGACUUACACCAAAGGACGCCCUUACGGACCCCUGGUUUGAUGAUGCACCAAGCUCAUGCCUAUCAGCAACACAACUCAAGACGUUCCUCGAUCGACGGCGACCCUCCGGCCAUGGUAACGCACUUCACUCUUUGCGCUCACCCAACGACACUUGAUAGCUCAUUUACACACAUACAUUUUGGUCACGGCCAAUCUCAAUAACCAAGUAUACGAAUUUGAGUUGGUAUUGGAUUGUAUUUUUCUAAUCCGACGCUAAAACCGAUUUUGAAUCCAGCUUCUAGCUGGACAGAUACAAUAUAUCAACUAAAUAUGCUGUAAUCCUUGAGGUUAAGGUGCAUUUUACAAUGAAGUAUUGUAUCCCUUUAGGCUUUUGCCGUUAUCAGCACUUUUUCAACGGAUUGUGUUGCUUAAAGAUGUCUGGCGGGCGGUCGAGCUUAGCUUUGCUUGAUAAUGGCCCACGUCUUGUAAAGUAGAUCUUAACGGUUCAAAGGUUUAUCGUAUAAUAUAGUCAUUGUACCCACCUUCCGGUUUCGACACGAAAUCACUGCGAUAUUUUCAAUGUUUUAGUCGAUAUUUUUAUGCCAAAUGAAUUUCGCUUUUAAUUCGCGUGUGAACGCGUGCACGCUUCAACUUUCGUGUUUACUUCUCCUGACUUAAAGGCUUAUGAAUAAAAACUAAAUCAAUCUAAUUACAGUCUUAACUAACGUACUUUUCCGUCUCUUUCUGUCAAAUUGUGAUUACGCUGUGAUUGAAAGUGACAUGAGUACGUUAGUUAAAAUUUUGUAAUUAAAUUGAUUUAUUUUUUAUGAAUAAGGAGGCUACUCUUAUAUCAAAAAUAUCAGUCGUUAUUUUUAUUGAAAUUAUAUAAGAAAUUAAACUUCACCGAUACCGUCAAUGGUCCGUUUUCUUUUAGCGUAGAUAACAUUUUGAAUCAUUUAAUAUGUCGGUGAACUUGAUGCUUAAUGUCCGAAUAAAGUCAAACUUAAACGUCAAAUAUGAGAGCUACUCAAACCUAUUGCUAUCUCGCAGCACCCUUAGUACGAUGAAUACGUUUUUUUUUUUAAUCUAAUAUAUUUAUAUAAUUGAAUGUAAAAUUAACAAUAGAUUUUAGCAUGGGAAACUUGAAGACGCUGUGGACGUAUUUGGAACUAACGGAUGCAAAUUCGUUCGUCCGGAACGAACAUUAGUUUACGAAUACUUUACUAAAAAAAUCAAAGAUACUAAGGGUACUCUGAAGACACAAUAUUUUUGAAUACCACUCGGGACUUUUUAAAAUCAAUUUAGUUACGCAGAAAUCUUCUCAGAUUUUUUAUAAUUUCUGAUGGUCUUAACGCAUUUACGCCAAUCUAGCCCUGAGUCACAAAAUGGUAAUUGUAUAUCUAUUCUCCAUUUAUAAGAGAAUAGGCUGUUAUUGACGUAAACGCUUUGACCAAAGUGACUGCGUAAAACUCCACGGUAAGUUUAAUAACUAUUAAACGUCUGAGUAUAUUUGUACGGUAGAACGCUUAGUGGCUACGCAAGAGACAUGUCAUACAAAUAUUUGAAACAGACGUUAUUAAACUUUGUGGAGCUCAUGACGACUGGGCGUAUAAGGGAAGUGUCUGUGAUUUUUGCUUGAUAAUGUAUUACGUGCUUUUACCUAAUUUAAUCUUGUACUUUUAAUUAUAAAUGUAUAUAGCACCUAGAUUUAAUAGCUUUAAGUCUUAUUUUAAUUUUUUGACCAAAUUAUGAAUUAUUAAGACGUCGAUCCAAAUUGCAUAUUUUGGCUCAGUAAAAAUAUUGUAAGGAAUUUGUUUUGUCUUAUAUUUACACAAACACAUAUUAGGUUUUUUUUUAAUUUCGUUUAUUUACAUAUUUUGAUGUUAAUUAAUUUGCCACUUUGUAUACUUUUUGGCCAUACUGACAAUGAUUAUAUCGGUUAAUUUGCUAGUCAAAAUAUUUUAAAUCGAAAAUGUUUUUAAAUUCCCUGAUCUUGACCACACUAAUAUCAACAUUGUGGCGUAUUUUGUAUGAAAAUUCUCAAUGUACACUUGAGUUUACUUAUUUCGUUCAUUAUAAUUUUAAGAAUUAUAAAGUAUUUCAAUCGCAAUUUGUUCUAAUUUCUAUAAGCUUCAUAUGUCGAACCUUAUAAUUAAUAGUUCGUCAUAGUAUAAUCUGAUGAAUAUAAAAUUGCAUACUUUAUCGAAAUUAUUUCUUAUUUGUCAUAUGUACUUUAGUAUAACGCACACAAGGCAUUUUGCGCUUUAACGGUCAUCGCAAUUCUUCAGCAGCAUUAUUUUAAAAUAAUAUUUAUAAUAAUGACACUGAAGGAUACUUUAAAAGAAACUGUAAGUACUAAUGUACUUUGAUGUAUAUCUAUAAUUAUCAUUUUCAAUCACCGUAUUAUAAAAACUCAAUAUAUAAUUUUCGGAAAA